UUCUCCGGUUCUCCGGUUCUCCACCGCGGAGAGACUCUCUCCCCGUACCUGCAUCCAGUCACGGAGCCUCCGCUGCACCGAGGUCGGGAACAGUUGCACCGGACCGGCUGGGCUCCGGGCGGCGGACCUGGACUCCCCGGGCCGCAGCGGGACGCCUCCUGGUUCUGACCCAGAAAUCAGCUCCGAGGGCCGGAUACCUGCCAGCCAGCAGGCCGGUGGAGCACGGGCCCCUCCGCAGCCCACCGGGAGGCGGAGAGGAGGACUGUUAUUACCCCCUCGGAGGUUAUUACCCCCCCGGAGGUUAUUGUCCCCCCGGAGGGUUUAUUAUUUUAUUAUUUUAUUUUUCUGCCUUUAAACUGAACAACGGCCUCUGGAGCAGUUAGCUCGCAGCUAACGUUAGCUUGUGUCCCCGGAGCACCGGCUGGCUCUCUUCUCUUCCGGUCAGAGCCAGAAUGGCGGCGCUGAUUAAAGAGAUAGUGAGCCGGAACAAGCGCAGGUACCAGGAGGACGGCUUCGACCUGGACCUCACCUAUAUCUACCCCAACAUCAUCGCCAUGGGCUUCCCCGCCGAGCGCCUGGAGGGCGUCUACCGCAACAACAUCGACGACGUCGUCAGGUUUUUAGAUGCAAAGCACAAGAAUCACUAUAAAAUCUACAACCUCUGUGCAGAGCGACAUUAUGACACGUCCAAGUUCAACUGUCGAGUGGCUCAGUAUCCGUUUGAGGACCACAACCCGCCCCAGCUGGAGCUCAUCAAGCCCUUCUGCGAGGACCUGGAUCAUUGGCUGAGCGAAGACGAGCAGCACGUCGCUGCCAUCCACUGCAAGGCGGGAAAAGGUCGCACCGGCGUGAUGAUCUGCGCCUACCUGCUGCACCGCGGCAAGUUCCAGGAGGCUCAGGAGGCGCUCGACUUCUAUGGAGAGGUCCGCACCCGCGACAAGAAGGGCGUGACCAUCCCCAGCCAGCGGCGUUAUGUUAUCUACUACAGCUUCCUGCUGAGGAACCAGCUGCUGUACAAACCUGUGGCUUUGCUCUUCCAUAAGAUGCUGUUUGAAACCAUCCCCAUGUUCACCGGGGGCAACUGCAAUCCUCAGUUCGUGGUGUACCAGCUGAAGGUGAAAAUCCACACGUCAAACCCGGGAAACACCCGGCGGGAAGACAAACUGAUGCUGUUCGAGUUCCCUCAGCCACUUCCUGUCUGCGGAGACAUCAAGGUGGAGUUCUUCCACAAGCAGAACAAGAUGAUGAAGAAGGAGAAGAUGUUCCACUUCUGGGUGAACACCUUCUUCAUCCCGGGGCCGGAGGAGAACUUGGAUAAACUGGAGAAUGGCAGUGCUGGGACGCUGCGGGAACCGUGUGACAGGACGCAGGCGAUGAUGAUGACGGGAGGAGAAACCAACGACAGGGAUUACCUGGUUCUCACUCUGACCAAAAACGACCUGGACAAGGCCAACAAAGACAAGGCCAACAGGAACUUCUCCCCAAACUUCAAGGUGAAGCUGUUCUUCACUAAGACGGUGGAAGAAGGAGCCAACUGUGACGCCAGCAGCACGUCGGCCUCGGUGACGCCGGACGUCAGCGACAACGAACCGGAUCACUACCGCUACUCCGACACGACGGACUCGGACCCGGAGAACGAGCCGUACGACGACCAGAUCACCAAAGUUUGACACGGACCGGAGUGUCAGACCUGUGUGUACAUACCACAGACUGGGGGAGUAGAACCAACGGACCAGAACUCACUCCGCCCCCUCCCGCUCCAAUCUGCUGCCCAGCUGGACAAUCACAUGAUCACAUGAUCACAUGACAUGGUGGUGAGGGGGCGGGGCUAAUGGAUGACAGUAAGACAGAUGAAUGGACAGAGAGGAGGAUUAAAAAAUAAAGGAGUAAAACUUGAAUAUAAACAAACUGACAGACAAGUAGACUUCUUCAGUGACUACACCGACGUUUGUUGGACAAC